AUGGAUAAAUAAAAUUUACUUUGUUUAUCUUUAGGUGCUUAUAUAGGAGCGAGUCUAAGAUUAGAAAUUGUAUCUACUUAUACUAAUUAUUUUAAUGAUGACAUAAUACCAAUUGAUAUGUUUGAUAAUUUUCUUGGAUCAUUUGUUAUUGGAUUCUAUAAUGAUCGUUAUAAAAUCAAAGAUCUAAGUUCACAUUUAGCUAUUAGUACAGGAUUUUGUGGAUGUUUGACUACUUUUUCAUCUUGGAUGUUAGGAUCUAUUAAAUUAGCAAAUUCAGAAUAAUGGCUUAAUUGUUUAAUUAAUAUUUUUCUAGGAUUCAUAAUUGCUUAUUCUGGAUUUAAACUUGGUUAGAAUGCUGAAAUUGAAUUCAAAUUUCUAUUUCAUAAAAAAUUACUUUAUUUAGCAUUUCUUAAAAUAAUAAUAUUUUAAGCUAUUUUCAAAAAAUGGAAUAUGAUAAUAACAGCAUUAUUAUCUCCUUUUGGUGCCUUUCUAAGAUUUUAAAUAAGUAAAUUAAACCAUAAAAACUUUCCAUUUGGUACUUUGAUAUGCAAUUCUUUAGCAGUUUGGAUAGCUCAAUUACUGAUUUUAUCUACAUUGUAAUUUGAUACUGAUGAUUCUAAAAUCGUUAAAAGUAUUUUAAAAGGUUUUUGUGGUAGUCUUUCAACUGUAUCAACAUGGAUUAAAGAAAUUUGUACAAUGCAAUCUAUUGAAUUAAGAUUUAUUUAUUUUUGGAUCUCUUUAUUUUUGAGUUUAUAUAUUGGUUUAAUUAUAUGUUAAUCAUUAUUUUGA